GUUUUUCAUUGAGCUAGAAAUGCUUUCGGUUCACGACGACGAGCGUCAACUUUCAUUUUCUUUUGGCAGCGUUGAGCACGCGUUGUUCAACGAGAUAUUCGGGUUCGACUCGUCUUUUUAGGUCGAUGUGCUUUAAGAGGGCACUGUGGUGUUUGCUCCGUGGACUGUUGAGGCUUUUUCGUACUUUGACUACUUUGGUUCGGCGUGGUCUCGCUAAACUUCGUUUGAGGCGCACUGGCCAGAAUAACAUGUCAGGUGAUGAGUGCGAAUAUGACUCCACAUGGGAGGAUGGAGACGAAAACAAAACACCCAGAAAGAAGAAGAUGUAUCACAGCCGCGGAAAGAGUCGCAGGAACAUGUUUGCUGCAAGGGACAUGCAAGACUUUCGACAUGGUUGUUGGGGCUUGAGAGAUAUUCAUGAUGACGGUGGGGAUGAUGAUGACGAUGCUGGUAAACAAGAUAAAGGCUGCUACUAUAACCUAGAAUUUUACCGUGGUAAUUUAAGAUCUUCACCCGAUGAUCUUUACAUCACUGAUUUUCACCAGAAGUGGUGGGGUGAUUAUUACCUGCUGGAAGAUGUUCACUCCUACAUCCAGUGGUUGUUUCCGAUACAAGAGCCGGGGGUGAAUUGGAGAGCACACGUGCUCCAAAAAAAUGAAAUAAAGCUUUUCCGUAAAGAUAAAAAAGCAAAGAAAAGAUUGGUGAAAUCGUAUGAGCUGAUGUUGGAUUUCUACGGUAUACGUAUGGUCGAUGAAUCAACGGGAGAGGUGGAGCGUUCUGAUAACUGGAAGGACCGCUUUAGAAACCUGAACAGCCAUACACACAACAGCUUGCGCAUCACACGCAUCCUGAAGUGUUUGGGGAUUCUAGGAUUGAAGCACUACCAGGCCCCACUGGUCAAGUUUUUCCUCAAUGAAACUCUUGUCGAGGGACAGCUUGAAAACGUGAAGCAAAGUGCGCUAGAUUACUUUCUGUUCGCUGUAUUGGACAGGUCGGAGAGAAGGGAGCUGGUUAAAUUUGCCUUUAAGAAUUUCAAGCCCCGAGAAGACUUUGUCUGGGGCCCGAGGAAGAUCCUGUCAGGUCAGAUGGCGCGCUGCAAAAACGAAAAAAUGGACCAGCCAAAAGAGGAAAUUCGUAGUAGUGCAGAAGAUGAGCAGAAUCAUUCAGCUGUACACGAGAAAAAUAAAAAAGAUCGCAAAGAUAACGAUUGGGCGGCCGUUCCCAACAAAUCGAAAGAAAAAGAUAGUGAAAAUGAGAAUGAGGGUGUGGGGAAAAAAAUUAUCUGAGUGCUGGUGCCAGUGAUGGUGAUGAAGAAGACAAAUCGACGGAAACAAAUAGUGAUAAGUGGGCAAAUAAGUACAGACAGUGCCGCUCAGAAAAUGGGGAUGCAGUAGUGCAAAAUUCAGAAAAUGAUCACGGUGGGGGUGAAAGCAUAGAUGCUUUCGGUGGUUCUCACCGAACUGAGGAGAGUUCUUCAAGUGAGGGGAAUGACGUAGACGUGAAGGGUGGAAACAAAGAUGAAGACAUCCUGAAAAGGCUGGGUCCCUCCGAAAGCGAGGACGUUGAAAAAAUACCAUCUAGUCGUUCUCCUGAACAAAUGAAAAGUGAAACGGAUGGCCGUAAUAAGAAUGAGCUAGAAGGAAAUGGCGUCAGUGUUGGUGACGAUAACGAAGGCACGGCACCAGCUAACGAUUCUCAUGGUCAGGAUGCUUUGGGUGGUUCUCGCCAAACUGAGGAGAGUUCUUCAAGUGAGGGGAAUGUGGAGAUGAUUGAUGAAACUGAAAAUAACCAUGACAAGCCUGAGAAUGAGCAGUGAAGGGUGAUACCGGUUAGUCCGGAAUUUACAGCAUUAUUGGCGAACGAGAGCAGUUCAGAAAAUGAAAGUGUAGUAAAGCAACAUCAAGAGAUGAGUGAUUGUGAUUAUAUUGACAACAUAACGCCACUAAACGAGUCUUCAUGUGAAAUGUGUGACAUGCCUCAUGUAGGUAAGGUUAGUCUUCACCAGUUUAAAGAAGGGGCUGACGUCUGGCAUAAAAAUGAAGGAGAUUAAUUAAAUGUCAAACACUGUAAAUGCUAGUUUUAUGAGUUUACAUAUUUGUUUUUCUAAAUUUAAUGAAAGAUAUAAAAAAUAUAUUGGAAUGACCUUUAUGAUUUAAGUUAAAAUGCUAUUGUUGAGCUUUUUUUUUGUUGUUGUUUUAUUAUUGUUUAUCAGAUUGUCAGAAAGAAAAAGAAAUGGCGUAAAAUAUUCAAAAAUAUAGAAAUAUUCAGUAUAUUCAAAUUAUUUUUUUAUGAAUUGUACCAAUGAAUUGUAAUGUACAAAUAAAUUGUUAAUUAUCAACUACUGGCAAAGUUAAUGUAAUCACUGACGAAACAUUUUGACUAAAGCCUGACUUGUAAAGGAAAUGCAGUAAAGAAAUUGUGAUAAAGCAACGUUGCACUAUGUUAGA